UUGUGGAAAGACCAAGAGUCAGGUUUCAAAGCCCAACACUGGGUGCUAUGCUUGAUAACUGCAGAAAUGCUAUAAACUGUCUUGGACUUGUUAAUAGCCAUAUCACGGGCUAAUGACAAAUGCAAUGAAGACCUAUUUCUUUGUACUUAUGUCGGCCUUGACCUUGGUCCUCCAGUCCGUGGACGGCUUUGGCGUCAUCAGCCCAGAAGACUGUCGGGCUUUCUGCUAUGACUGCCAGAGGCGGAUCGAGACUAAACGUGGCGACAUGUCCAAACGCGUAGCUGCAGACGAACUGGUCAAUGUUCACGAUGACCUCGACCUAAACGGUGAUCGGUUUGUUGAGCUUGACGAGAUUGCUCAAGUAACCGGUCUUAAAGUAACCAACUCGGUUCUAAAGACGACGUUCAGCGACGCUGAUAAAAACCAUGAUGGAAAACUGAAUUUGGUUGAACUGAAACUGUUCUAUUCCAAGAGCAUGGGAAAAAGAAGUUCACAUGGCAUGAAUAGGAGGGAUGGCGGUGAAUUGGCUAGUUCUCAUCUCGGAGCCAGAGGGUGGGGCUGAAAGUGAUCGAGGCUGUGGUGGAUGAAGACGAGGAGACUACUGACGAUGACGUUGCGGACUUCGAUGCGACUGGACAAUAACUAGGCUCUGAAGACUCGGUUGAUCGAGCUAAUGUCAACUUUGCACAACGCGCAAGGUCCCAAUAAAAUGUAUAACACAAAA